GGGGUGUACGUGCGCCAUUCUCCUCUUCAUCCGGACAAGAUAAGGGUCCUCGGCACCUCCUACAGCCAGCUAGCGGGUAUACUGAUGCCAGAAAUCUGAGAGUUAGGAAGACAGAAGAAAUUAACUAAAACUGAAUAAAUUGAAAAUAACCAGUAAAGUUGGGACAGUACAUUGCAUAAACAACAAUUACACGUGAACACAUUUCCUUAAUUAUGGUUUAUUUGGAAACCACAUAUAUUUUGUAAUCAAUUAAGUGAACUGUAUUGUGGUUGGAGCAGUCGGAUCAUUACCGACUAGACCCGAGUUUGAUUCAUUUGCAGUGUGAGACGUCAAGACAUGUCUCCUUACACCUGAUACCUCUGUUCAUUUAGCAGUAACUAAGUACCCGGAAAUCAGUCAGGGUUGAAUCCUGAGGAAGGACCGUCGUUGGCUUAGGAAGACCUCAAUAAACCUCACACGUUUCCUGUUCCCAACAGUGGGAUUUUGUUUAUCGUUUUUAACAUAAUAUAAUAACAAAACUAGCGUGGGACAUUUACUGCUUGUGUGAAGCUUGAUAACACUUGUUUGAGGAGAAUCAUACAGCUCAAUAUGGCUGCCUUAAGUCCCGUUAUCCAACCGGAAGAUGUGAACAGACUGUGGUAUGGACUGGCUGUGACUAAGGCAGGACGAGACGCGCUAGCAAGUGUGUUUAUGUGGUCGUACCGGGGCACCUUCCCAGUAGUGACUUACCUCACUCAGGACUUGGGGUACACCAAUGCUCAGUACAGGCGUGUCUUCGAUGCUCAACAGAGGGAUAAACUCGAAGCUUCCUCUGACGCGGCAACUUUUGACAUCACCCUGUUGUAUAAACUCCUGCAACGUGUGUGUGGUCUGGCUGAGAUGAAUGACCCCACGUGGACCACUCCAGGGCCUCAGGGACCAUCACUUGAACACCUCAUUUACAGCCUCAAGCAACACCGAAACACGUUGGCCCAUGAUAAUGUGAGAAUGUCAGAGCAAGAUCUUACGUCAACACUGACGGAGCUCAGUGACUUAUUGGCCAAGAUGCUGGCUGAGGCCGGCGACCGGUGUAGGACAAACAGCCAGGAUGUGAGCCACGUGACCAGAGAUGUCAAAGAGUAUAUUGGUGGUAUGCUAGCGAAGGUCAGAGAGCCGCUGGAUCCCUCAGAUGUGGCGCACUUGUCUCAGUUCAAUCAGGACAAUAAGAAAUACAAAAGCUACAUCACAGAAAAGGUUAAGCAGACGAGCAAGUGGGAACUAACUGAGGUGUAUAAACUGCUGUACCAGAUUGUUCCCGCACCCUGGCUCCACCUCAACAUUAACUACAACCCAAGUCUUGCUUUUACAAAUCUGCGACUCCUUGAAAAUCCCGUCAUAGGGGCAAGACCCUCCCACGCGACCAAGGGUCAGGAUAACACAAGACCCUCCCAUGCUACCAGGAAUGAGGAUAUAAAGUAUGAAGACAUCUUGAGUAUGAGACGAGAGGACGGAAGAGUCCCUCAAUGUGUCCUCCUGACGGGGGAAGGUGGUAUGGGCAAGACAACGUUACUCAAGCUCAUCCUCGAGAAGUGGGUAGAGGACCCUGCUGCCAUACGUCACCUGGGCACUGAGGACCUCGUUUUCUAUGUACAGUGUAGGAACACACAUCUUAAUACCUUCGAUGAUCUCCUCCGCCAGUUGCUGCCUCAAACACUUCGUGAUUCUGAUGCCGACUUCAAAUUAUUUAAGGAGACAAUCUUGAGCUUAAAUAUAUUAGUCCUGAUUGACGGCUACGACGAGGUCAACAAGUAUUCAAGAAGGCUGGUGAAGGAGCUGUUGCACCUGCCUGGCAAGGAUGUGAGGUUGGUGAUAACCACACGGCCGGGGUGGGACCAACAACUGUCACUGCUCGUCCCACCCACCAGACCUUGCUACAACAUCCUCGUCUUGGGCAUCACUCCAGAACGUCACGUGGAGUUCGCCGAGAGAAUCACCAAGGUGCUGGUGGAGGAAGAGAGCCAACAGAGUGUCAAAGAGAAAUUUACCCAGCGGCUGGAACAGAUGAGUGAGUUCCUGGGCGAGUACCUCAACACUCCACUCACCUUGAUCUUGUUGGCGCUGCUGUGCGUCGAGGCUCCAGAAGAAUUUAACAAUCUCACCACAAACACUCAAGUCUAUGAGAAGAUUCAUGACUUCAUAACCAAAAAACUGGUGUCCAGACUCAUAGAUCAGGUGACUGACCCCAAAAGCAGUUGUGAGAAGUUUUUGAGGUUUUUUGAAGAGGUCAGUUUAAGAGGGAUCAAGAGGCAGGAGUACGACCUUUGGCCAGAGACAGAAGCGGAGAUUAGGGAGAAGUGUGACACUCUGGGACUGCCGCAGGAGGAGGUCUUGUCCAACUAUUUAACAAGAACCAGCUACCGUCGGGGCCUCGAUGUGGUGACGGUGUUUGGCUAUUUUCACGCCAGGUACCAGGAGUAUUGUGCCAGCAGGGGGCUGGUCGCUCAGUUGAGGAAGGAGGGAGAAGGAGACUAUCGAGAACAACAGUGUGUGUCAGAGAAAAGCUCUAGAAUUACUGACCUCCUGAAGGAUGUUGUGCAUACGCAAAUAGGUUUCUCGCCAGAUCAUCUGCAGAAAUCAGACGUCACGACAGACGAAAUUGUUGAGCGUUCCAGAUGGCAGAGCAUUUUACUCAGCACUACCGGUGUGCUGAGUGCCCAAGGAGUAGAGCACAAGUUCAUUACUCAUAUAGUUGAUCUUCUGUGCGAAAUGGAAAAAAAAUCGAUUGAUGACGAGCUGUUGAAGCACGUAGCAGAGUCCCGCGAGAGUAAGCACGUCAUCCAAGCCGUGUGUGAGAAGCUGCGUACAAAAGACAAGUGGUCAAUAAGCAGUGUUCUCUCGUGUGUUUUCCUGCCGCCUGUUCUGAGGGAGGUGACGCCUGAGGAAAUCUUCCUGUGCUUAGACGAUACACCACAAUUAAACCAACUCCUGUCUGCACUGUCUGAGCUUGCAAAUAAUGUAGUAACCAUAGACAUACAAUUUGAAGAUCCUCUUUACAGCAGAAAUAACGACUUAUCAUACAAAUUUUUGGAAAGGCUAACAGCCCCUGGCAGUCAGUGUACCUUAAAGUGGUUUAAAGGUUACUUGUCUGAAGCAGCCAUACCCCUCCUGCCUCACACCAUUGAAGUCCUUGACCUGCGCCUCACACUUCAUCAACUGCCUGUCUUCAUACAUCACCUGCCAAACCUUCCGAGUCUAGAAGACCUAGAGAUUACCGUAGACGCCAGGGAGGACACGGAGCUGACUAACAUGCCCAGUCAGUUAUACAAGGGAAGGAGGCUCAAGGUGACGAUCAGCCCGGCCCUUACCGCUGACAACCCUCUCAUAGACUGGUGCUGCCAGCUGACGGCUCAAUUGUGUCCUAGCACUUUCGGAGGCUAUGAUGUCCUGGACUUAACACUCAAAGAUCUCACUAGUGAAAAAGGGAAGAGACUUCUGCGAGAACUUCACCGGAGGGGCGUCAAAGGCAACUGCCUCUGUCUUACCAUCAGGACAAUAAGAGGAAAAAGAAGGAACUCAAAAAUGUUGGUGUGUUGUUUAAAAAUUUUAAGCAUCUUCGUGUAGAGUAGGCUGUUGAGGUCCAGCAUGAUGACGACCAAUACUGUACAAGGAUAUAUCUAAGAGGUUAAUUUUAUAUCACCAGCAGCGACACCCCUCCUCCUGAUAAAAUAAAA